UCUCAGCUAAAGCUAGUUACAACUCGUCCUUUCGAACAACAUCAAUUGACUACUUCACACAUCGAUCAACUACAUUAUUCUUCAACUACAUUAUGAAGCUCCUUUCCGUCCUUCUCUUUACAGCUGUAGCUCUGGGUGCAUCCCCUAGAUACUUUGAAGGAUCGUGGGGCUCUACCUAUGAAGAUGCACCUGUGAUUAGCUGUCAGGAUAGACCUGGACUGCGCUGCAACCCGUCGAUCGGACUUGACUGCUGUCCACUACUUGACUGUACUUCUGACUGCCCAGGGUGCUGGGGCUAUUGCCGGAAGAAUUAAGGAUUUAAAAGUUACCGGAGGCAUAUACUAUUACUAUACUCUCUUUGUCCAAGCUAAAUGUGUUGUUGGGUGGGCGACAUGUCAAGUCGAGGACUCGAAAUUGAGAACGCUGAAGCCUUGGGAUAGGUCUUGUCCUUGUAUCAAUAACGUACUAGGUUUCCCUACCUUAUCAUGCGAAUGCAAAGGCCUAAA